AUGAAUUUGAAGAAGGAUCCCCAAAACCAUCCUAUAUAUCAUCUUCUUUAUGAUAAGAUGAAAUUAGAGAAGACUGUGAAGGAUCCUAAAGAGCUUGGGAUACUUCAAUCGUAUCCAGUUCUCGACAAACCAAAAAUUAUCGCAUUAACAUCACAAAUUAUUGGAGGGAGACCUGUUCAAGCUGUAUUGAAAGAAUAUGGCUUUAACAUUACUUAUAAUCCCUCAGUAUUUUCCGAUUUUGAAUCGGUCUCCGCAAAAAUGCGACCAAAGCAAGAUUUAAUGAUACAGUUUCUAUUCCAAAUCCUCUGCUUCGGAAUACAAGAUCCAAAUUGCAUAACUGAGUCGAUGUUUCAAAAAGCUCUUGAAUGUUUAGAUCAAGCACUCAGGUACAAAGAUUAUAUGCAAGAUAUUGCAUACCUUUUUACACUUAUGUGCUUGAACAUUCAGAAAAAUACAUCAUACGAAUGGUCUCCUGAAGUUGCAAAAUUAUUUUGGAGUCAUAUUCGAUAUAAUCUUGCAUUAACUGGAGAAAGCAUCGAUAUUAUCUUAAAUUUCAUACGCCCACAAGUUUCAAAGUAUUUACCAGAAGUUUUGACCCUAAUUAAAGAAAAUUCUCCAAUUUUAAGGGUGCAAAAUCUUACAGAGUUAAUGAAUAUCGUUGCACCAGAACUAAAGACAUUAAAUAGUGUUCCUCUUGAUAUCUUCUGGUCUUUAGUUAAACAAAUUUCAGCAUCAACAAUUACCAUUUGCAUAAAUACGAUUAUUGAUGCACUUCUUAACAGAGCAGCGAACAGUGGUAUCCAGGAAAUAUCUCCACAACUCCAUCCAACAAUAAAUAUCGAACCAUUACCUCUAAAAACACCAUCUUAUGAAAUUAUUCCUCAAAAGACAAAUUACUUCUCGAACGGACUUUACAAACUACCAAAUUUAACGGAUUACCAAGAAUACUUCCCAUUUUCUAAGGAUAGAGAAUUUAUUCAUAUUAUUGACCUUUUAAUUUUAAAUUUGAACGGCACAGAUAGGUCAGUUAUUGAUGAAUUCUUCAUUAGACUUGGUCAGAAAGCCACAGAAAAGAUGGUUCCUGUAUUUUAUCCAAGAUUUUCAUUAUUUAUUUAUAUUCUUAAUCAAAAACCCGACGCAUUACUUCAAGUCACAAAAUCAGUCUUCAAUGAUACAAUAUUUAACAAAUUCAUUACGAUAUUUACUUCCCAAGUCAAUGAUAUCUUGUCUUGGUUUAGAGUCGAGGUUCUGACACUCAUGAUGAGGGCUAGUUCCAAUCAGGUUUGUUCUUUCAUCUAUUCUUUGAAGGAUAAACCGUUUUUGUACGCAGAAAUUCUUUCCAGAGUCAUGAUGCUUUGUCCGAUCAACCAACUACAUAAUUACAUUACAAAAGAAACCGUUUAUUCCGCUUUCGAAGUUAUUUUAUCGUUACAAAAUUCAAUAAAGAAUAAUGAACAGGAAAUCCUAGAUGCUCUCAACGGAAUCCUCAUUUUCAUCAACGAAGCAACAAAUACACCUCAAAAUUGUGAGAAAUUCUUUUUAUUAUUAUCUCCAAAUGAGUUAAAAGGAAUAAUUAACACAACGCCGUGCUUCUACUUCUCAUUUGUAUUCAAUGAAGACUACCAAUACAUAUUCAAUAAUAAAAUACAUUCAACAUUUUCCCAAUUAUCUCCUUAUGCAAUGGAAAAAGUCAUUCCUGCCCUCAAAUCAUCACUUGAAUCCAUCUUAAAUAACAAUACACCCAAGUACACAGAGAUUGGUGUCUUGAUUUUCAACCAAAUCUUCAAAAUAAUUGAGAUAAGUGUUGAUUUCGUGAAAUUAAUGACAUCAGACAUCAUCAGCAAGUUCAUUAAAAUAUUAGAACGCAAAUGUACCGUAGAAAUGUUCUAUGAUUUCUUUUCAUUUAUGGCUCAAAUUUCAUUUGUCCAAGAUAAGGUCACUUUUUCAAAUGAUGAUGAAAUGACUAUUGCCAAGGUGGUCAACCAACUCUCUUUCACCGAUCUAAAUCCUUUCUUUACCUUGAUUAAUAAGUCUACUUGCGCUCCUAUUCCACUUUCAAUGACCAUGAUCAAAUGUCCGCAGUUCUUGCAUAUAUUGUUCAUCGCUUUUGGCGAAAACGAGAUUUUCCCGAAGAUUAUUGAAAUAUUAAAAUCUGCAAUUUUGGAAUCCCCUUCAAAUGGAAGGAAUUUCGGACAGAGCAGUGUUGAAAUGUUCAUUUCCAAUGUUCUUUCACGCGAUGAUAAUGUAAUUUUCUUGAAAGAAUUUGGUGUUAAAUUGAAUUUCGUUAAUUACGACACUGCAUGGGACAUCUUUGAAGAAAUAGUCAAGAAUGGACCAAAUUCACGCAUUCUACCCAACUUUAUUCAGUUUAUUUCCAACUCAACAUCAGAAAAAGCGAAUGACUUAAGACUUAGGUUCUUAAGACUCAUGGAAUUCAGUGAUACCAUACCUGAACCGAUAUUUAAUCUCAAUUACCGUGAUACGAUCGCUAUUUCAGACCCAAUUUCCGCUUCAGAUCUCAAUGAUUUUUCUCUUUCAUUUUGGAUGAGACUAGACACCAGAUUAUUACAAUAUAUAGAAUAUCCACUACUCAUUGUUAAGUUUUCUGACUCAGAAAAUCGUGAAUUAUAUCUUCAAAUCAUAGAACAACAGUUGGAGAUGGUUUUCCAGGACACAGAGAACAGAACAAGGGUCGCUCUCCUCCAAAACAUCGCUUCUUAUGGCUCAGGAUGGAAGCAUUACACAGUAGUUUACGAUUCUUCUCCAAAACCAACGAUUUAUACGAUCAAAGACAGAGAUCUUUCAAAGAAAUCAGAUUUCCUUCCGAUCCAGUUCAAAGGGAAGACCGUAACUUUAUCUUUCGGCGGAAAAUUAGAUCCAUUUCCAAAAGAUGCGAAAGAUCAGAGCAUUGUUGUAGCAGAUCUCAGACUUUUCAAGCUGUAUAAAUCGAAAUUGACAUCAAACGAGAGCAAUGAUGACAUUUUUGACCCUGUAUCUGUAAAGCCAAACGAAAUAUUCAGGUCGGACAGCCUCAAAAACUACUUGCAAUCAGCCAGAGUCCAUAUGGUUAGCGAAUGCGUUGCAGAGGAAAAGCUGAAAACCAUCAUUUUCCAACUUUUCUCGGCUCCGGACACUCCUCCAUUUGUUUUACACCAAAUUUUUUCAAUUUUUGUUCAUUCUUCAUGGGCAUCCCCACAUACAGACUCAGAUUUGAACAUCACAAAUAUCAUAAAGAACCUGCUCUUGAACCAAGGCUUCAAAAUGGACGAAGAAUUCCUCGAUAUCUUCUUAUCUAAUUUAUAUUCCGCAGAAAACCAAAUCGACGAACAUGCCUGGCUCAGUAAUAUACUUGCCAACGCGUUCAUCCUUCAGAAAUGCCCUAAGCCGAUCCGCCAAAAGGCUUUUAGGUUAUUAAAAGGUCCAAUUGCAGAUAUCGCAAAUAAUAUGAAUGUCAAAAAUGUUUAUUCACAUUUACACGUUGCCGCAAUGCAAAUGAAAUUAUUAUUUGAUAAAGAUAAUUUCGAUAUCGGUUUUGACAUGGAAGAUUUCACUGAUUUCUCAAUUUUUUUGGCAAGAUUAUGCAUUCCUAAAGGACAAUUACACGAUAUACAGACAUUAUUGACAUGCGCACAUCUUGCUCAAACGGCUCAUACAUGUUUGGCGUUUUUAGAUGCCUUACAUGUUGCAUCUCCUUGGAUAUUAGAGGUUGUAGGUGAACAAUUCUUCACAGAGUUCCUCUAUUUGAUAUUACAGAAAAAAGAAAAGCCUAUUAUCGUGUCUUCCAUCGUCUUAGCUCAAGAAGUUUUGAAAGGAUUGAUUCAUAAACACGCAUUAGCAAUAGCAGCAUCGUUUAUCAAUCGCCCAGACAACUGCACAAUCAUCGAAGAGCUUUCUACACAUCUAAACCCAGACGGAAAUCUCUUUUCAGUACUUACAUGCGCUGUUUGGUUACUUUGCGACACUCCUGACUUCGUUGAGAUCGGAAUGAAGGUAGGAGAAGCAGUAGCAAACAGUGGCGCAAUAAUACCCGAGAAAUACUGGUUUAUUUUCCCAACAUUACUUGCGAAUGUAUCUCCAAACGAUAGAAGGUUUGAUGCAUUCUAUUCCGCAUUCCUAAGUGAAAAGUCACCGGAUGACCAGUUCAAUAUUACUUGUAUCCUCCAAUUAAUCGAGAUUAUUUAUUCUCGACAAAAAAUCAGAGAAUUUGACUUCCCUUGUUCAUACAUUAAGUUCCAUUCGAGGAAUGCCGCACUAAAGAACUUAAAAGGAGCUCUUUUCAUGAUCGGCGUAUGCGAUUUCAUUUUGCCGGUCACAGAAACAGGAGUUUCAGAGUUUUUGUACGAUUCUUACAAUCAAGAUAGUCCGGCCAAUUAUAAAAAUGACAGUGACUGGAGUAAGAACGAUUACAAACCGAAAUCUGUCAGAAAUAUUUCGGAUUUGAGAGAAUUUUGUCAAAAAUUACAAAAUGACAAAACACAGUAUGUUUACGAGUAUUUCCAAGGUCUAAACAGAAGUAUCCCGAACCUAAGAAACGACGAACUACUUGAGAAAGUCAACCAAAUAAGAAACGCGAUUUUUGACAGAGAUUCUCAUAAAUAUUCGAAAGCUUGGGACUUGGUACCUUCUAUUCUUGAAGAAAAGAAGAAGUCCUCUAAGAUGCAUUGCCUGGAAUUGCAUAAUUUGAUCUCUGACAUCUUAACGCAAUACGAUAUUUCGAUUAACAGCGAUCACUUGUUGUUGAACGCUGUAACAGUUGUUUCUGACUUACUUGACCAACAAGUGAAGAACAAUUCAUAA